UGAAGCUAAGACUGAUUCCUGGUUGGUCACUACACCAUUUGCCGUAUAAUAAUAUAUUGAGUUUUCACUUGCCGCGUCAUUGCUCCGUGAACGCAUGUCGAUCGUUAAAUCUGCGUGGCUUAACGUAAUUGACUCGAGCUGACUUAGCGAUCACUAGUGAUUUUGCAGCGACACCAAGAUAAUUGCCACGAGAUCUCGUUCGAGUUCUUAGAAGUCUGAAAUCCGGGGCCAUAGAGAUCUCGUUCGAGAUCCAUUGACGCGUCGUUGGAUCUAACCUCAACGGCACUGAGUGACUCGUCCUUUAUCAGUGGCUUCUUUUUUUCUCUUUGCUACGAGAAAUAAAAUUUCUGAAGCCAUGGUUUCAAUGUCUCAAUUUAAUGUUGAUAAACAUGUGGAAAAGCGAUACGAUCAUAUAGUAAAGUCACAAAAUGACGACCGAUUGUACAGGGGUUUACUACUUACUAAUAAAAUGAAAGUUCUUUUGAUAAGCGAUCCAAAAACUGACAAGAGUGCUGUUGCAAUGGACGUUAAUACUGGUUAUAUGUGUGAUCCAGAUGAUCUCCCUGGAUUAGCGCACUUUUGCGAACAUAUGUUAUUCUUAGGGACGGAGAAAUAUCCUCAGCAGAAUGAUUACAACAUGUAUCUGUCACAGAAUGGUGGUGCAAGCAAUGCAGAAACACAUACAGAUCACACCACCUAUUACUUCGAUAUAACACCAGAGAAAUUAGGAGGUGCUUUAGACCGUUUUGCGCAGUUUUUCUUAGCGCCUCUUUUCACGGAGACAUUGACUGAGCUGGAGUUGAAUGCCAUAAACUUGGAACAUGAGAAAAAUUUAGCUAAUGAUACUUGGCGAUUUGAUCAGCUUGAUAAAUCAUCUGCAAGCCCAGAUCAUUCGUUUUCGAAAUUUGGUACAGGCAAUAGAGAAACGUUAGACAUAAUACCGAAACAAAAGGGUAUUAAUGUUAGAAAUAGGCUAUUAGAGUUUCAUGAAAAAUAUUAUUCUGCGAAUAUUAUGACACUGUGUGUUCUUGGCAAAGAGAGUUUGAAUGAACUUGAAACGAUGGUAGUACCACUCUUUUGUGAGGUACGAAACAAAGAAGUUGAAGUUCCAGCAUGGCCUGAACAUCCAUUUAAAGAUGAACAUUUUCGUAAUAUAUGGUACAUUGUUCCGAUAAAGGAUACACGAAAUUUAGACAUUUCGUUUCCUUUACCUGACAUGCAGCAGCAUUAUCAGUCUUCGCCUGUGGAUUACGUUUCUCAUUUACUUGGACAUGAAGGAGAAGGCUCAUUAUUAUCUGCUUUAAAAGCCAGGGGUUGGUGUAACUCCCUGGCAUCUGGAAAACGUCCCAGUGAUGCCAAAGGCUUCAGCUUUUUCAAUGUUGUUGUGGAUCUAACUGAAGAAGGUAUUAAGCAUAUUGAGGAUAUUGUUCAUUUGAUGUUUCAGUAUAUCAAUAUGCUUAACUCGAACGACCCGAUCGAAUGGAUCUACGAGGAAUAUAGAGAUAUCGCGGAUAUAAACUUUCGUUUUAAGGAAAAGUGUUUGCCUCAUAAUUACGUGAAGUCUACGGUUCAAGCGCUGCGAAAAUAUCCCAUGAACCAUGUUUUGUGCGCGGAACGUAUUUUCACUGAGUGGCGGCCAGACUUGAUCAAGUAUAUAAUGAAAUACUUGACACCGCAAAAUGUCAGGAUUCAUGUAGCCGCAAAAGCGUACGAAAAUAUAGCGAAUGAAACUGAAAGUUGGUACGGCACCAAAUAUAAGAAAGAGAAAAUAUCCGAGGAAACGAUGAACAUGUGGAAUAAUGUCGGUUUUAAUGGGGAUCUCAAAUUACCUCAAAAGAAUGAAUUUAUACCCGCUAUGUUUGAUAUCAAACCACACACUAAAGUAGAAAAAUUUCCUAUUAUUUCGGAAGAUACACCAUUUGUAAGACUUUGGUAUAAAAAAGACGAUGAAUUUCUCGUACCAAAAGUGAACAUGGUCUUCGAUUUCGUCAGUCCGCUUGCCUAUAUGGAUCCACUUAGCUGCAAUUUGACUCACAUGUUUGUUCAGCUCUUUCGUGAUUCUUUUAAUGAAUAUGCAUAUUCUGCUGCUUUAGCUGGUUUAGAAUGGGAACUUGAUAAUUCUAAGUAUGGAAUAACACUUGUUAUAGGCGGUUACGAUCAUAAACAACGCGUGCUGUUGGAAAAAAUCAUGGAUCGAAUGAUCAAUUUUAAGGUUGAUCCAAAAAGAUUUGAAAUUUUAAAAGAAAACCAUAUCAGGAACUUAAAAAAUUUCACUGCUGAACAGCCUUAUAAACAUGCAGUCUAUUAUCUAUUAGUUUUAUUAACAGAACAAGUUUGGCUUAAGGAAGAAUUGUUGGAAUCUACUGCUCAUCUAAGUGUUGAUAGACUUCAGCGGUUUAUACCAGAGUUACUUGGCAAUGUGCAUGUGGAGUGCCUAAUACAUGGUAACAUAACUGAAGCGGAAGCUAAAGAUACAGUUAAACUAAUUGAGUUUAAAUUGACAAGUGGAGUGCCUCAUCUAAUACCUUUGUUACAAAAGCAACUAGUAUUAUAUCGGGAAAUUCAACUAGACGAUGGUUGCCAUUAUGUGUUUGAAACGGAAAAUCAAUUACAUAAAAGUUCUUGUACAAUGGUGUACCAUCCAACAGGUUUACAAUCAACGGAAUCGAAUAUGCUCGUAGAGCUCUUAGGACAAAUUAUUGCAGAACCCUGCUUCAAUAUUUUAAGAACGAAGGAGCAAUUAGGUUAUAUAGUAGCUAGCAAUGUACGUAGAAUGAACGGAGCGCAAGGCUUGCGAGUACUAGUACAGAGCGACAAACAUCCGCAAUAUGUGGAAAAGCGGAUCGAUUUAUUUAUAGAUUCCAUGUUGGAUUACAUAUCUACCAUGCCAGAAGAACAAUUUGAGGAACAUAAGAAAGCCCUGGCUACAUUACGUUUGGAGAAACCGAAAACGUUGAGUGCUCGUUGCACAUUCUAUUGGAAUGAAAUUGUCAAUCAACAAUAUAACUUCAAUCGAGUAAAUAUUGAAGUGGCUUACUUAAGGUCGAUAACACGGGAGCAAUUACUUAAUUUUUUUAAGGAAAAUGUACAUAGUAAAACUCGACAUAAAUUGUCGAUACAUGUGAUAUCCACGGCAGAGGAAAGUAAUUCAGUCGAUAUCACAAAUGGGGAAAUCACCGAUUUAUCAACCAGUGAAGAAGUUAAGAAAAUCGACGAUAUCAUAUCAUUUAAAAAUAGUCAACCUCUAUAUCCUCUAAUAAAACCAUUCGAAACAUAUUUUCCCAGAAAGGGUAUACGCUCAUCUAAGUUAUAAAAAAAAAUAAACUAAUAGUAAAUUAUGUGAAUAAAUUUGUUCAUAUGCAUAAUUUGAGGAAAAUUUUAACAAACUAUUUUGUAGAAACUAAUAAAUUAUUAGCAUAAUUAAUAUUUGCAAAAUUUAGCACUAUGCAGUGUGUUUAAAUGAAACAUGAUACUAUAAAUGCUUAUACACUUUUUUAAAUUAUAAAAUGAAUAAUAAGAUGAAAUAGAAUGAAUUAAAUGAAUACAUUUAUUUAUAAUUAGUAACAUUAGAAAAUAAUAACGUGUUUUACAUUUAUUAUUUAUAGAAAAUAAUCAAUUAACGUAAAUUAAUAUUUGAGAAAUCCAACAUGUAUUAAAUUUAUACAUCGUGACAUAGAUACUUAUACAGUUCAUUAUUGAGAAAAAAGCUUAUAUUACUAUGAACCAUAAUUGAAUUUUUAUUAUGUUAUCAAAAUUUUGCAAAUUUGCGUAAUUGAUAAAUAAACGAGAAUUUUUAGUCACGAUGUAUACAGGGUGUUUCAAUAAGAAAUAACCAAAUGAUCAUAUGCAGCUAUAGUGGACUAAAAUAAGUCGAAAAAAUGUAUAAUUCUCAUAUAAUUCACAUUGAAUUCUAAGAAUAAUUGUUAAAAUUAUUUCGUUACAGUCUAUUUAAACAUUGUAGGGUGGUUAGCAGUCAUUAGUGUUCAUUGCGUUUUUAUAUAAGUUGAAUUUCAGUUUUGCAGGUAGCAGCGAUUUUUACAAGUGUAUACUUUCUACGUAAUUUUAAGAAGUAUGUUAGAUAUUAAUUUUUUAACUUUAGUCUAACUUGAAGACCUUGAAUGUGGCUUUCAAAUAAUGUAAUUGAAUUUAAUGUAUGCAUGUGUGUGAAUUUGGCAUAUAAAAGUUAUAAGUUAUAAAGUUACAUGUAGUGAGAGAUGGUUAUGAGCCAUUUACAUUACAAGCGCAAGACCGUUCUUGCGAUUUUACUAUCUUAUAAUGGACAUUGCAUAAUAUUUAGUAGACAUUAUUUAAAAAAGUUAUUUUUUUAAGCAACAAAUUUUUUUCAAGUAAAAAAUAUAUUUUACAAAACGUUCACAAAACUUUGUUUUGUGAACUUAUUAAUAUGUAAAAUAUAUGAGAAUUAUUAAUUUGCUUUUUUUAUAAUUAAAAACGCCUUUUAUAGUUGUUAAUAUUCCAUAACACUUAUCUCAUUUUUUGUAUCCUUUUUUUCCUCUUCAACAAAUUGUAUAUUAUGUUCAUUCUAUAUACUUGAUAAACUUCUACUUAUAAAGUGAUUGGUAGAACUCUAUGACUAACAAACUGGUGGUUGAUAAGAAUUGUGUCGCGUUAAUAUUUACAGAGUUAUUUAAAAAAGCAAAA